AUGUCCUAUCCAGGGGAAUACGGUGUCAUUCCAGAAACCUUAGCACCGGAUGGGGAUGAAUUAGAUGUUAUUUGUUUAACCAUUCAACCCACUUUUUGUGGUCUUUAUGUUCCAGUGCGAAUUAUUGGAGUUUUAAAAAUGAUUGAUAAAGGCGAACAAGAUGAUAAAUUACUAGCCGUGAAUGCUGGUGAACCCGAAUUAAACCAUAUUCAAAAAUUAGCGGAUGUUCCUCGCCAAACGAAAGAGAAAAUCAAACAUUUUUUUGCUCGCUAUAAAGAUUUAGAAGGUAAAAAAGUAGAAAUAGGAGAAUUUGAAAGUAAAGAACAAGCGGAAAAAUUAUUGAAAAAAUGUCAAGAAACUUAUCAAAAGGAGAUGAAAUAA